AUGCGACGUCCUAGAGGUCCGGGCGGUCGCUUUCUGACCGCAGACGAGAUUGCUGCCCAAAAUGUUACAGCUCUGGCUCACCCUGUCCCGACUGCCUCCAACGACAAUGACCAUGACAUGGAUGAGGGCGAUGACCUCAAAUUCGAUGGUCGGAAUCCCCCUCCUGACCCCAUGAGCGUAAUGAAUCUAAGCUACCGCCACCACCUUUCACUUUCUCAGCCCAUCUCACACCAAUCCCCCUCGAUGUCUAACUCUCAGCACUCGCACGCUGCUGUCGCUUCCCACUCAUUAAGUAUACAUCCACCCCACCAAGUUCCUACCAUGUAUCCCCAUAAAGCUACCCUCUCAACCUCUACCUCUGUGAUUUCAGCUCCGGGAACGAUAAACACAGCCCCGGUUACCCUAAGCGCUCCGUACUCAACUGCAGUUCAAAUGCACCAUGUCCCUCAUCCACACGCUCAUGCAAGACACCACCAUUUGAACAUCAGCUCUUAUCCUCAAUCCUUAUACCCUCCAGAUUCCCCCAGCACGAAUUCGAACUCAGAAAGAGAACACUCUACGCAAGUCAUGAUCCAGUUUGGCGCUGCUGGUUCUUCGUCGAUAUGAUUCACAACUUGUAUUUAUUAUUAAAAUCUAGUUUGACACAUAUAAUUUUAACCGCUC